UUAGAAAAGCUUCACACAGGAGGAAGGCAGUGAAAAGGAGAGACCGGAAGAGCGCGCAAGGACCCGUCUGAAAACCCACCUCCCCCUUUGGUGGUAUUUACCAACAACAGGCUUCUGUUGGUCAACUCUGUCAGCGGAUCUCCGCAAGGAAAUCAACACUUCAACCGCAACACACUGAGCCCUAAAUGAGCACAGGAGCCACCGCACUUGAAUCUGGGCCCAAAGUGGAGAAAAAGACGCACCUCCGAGCGCGCAAAGACCAGAAAAAAGCGCACACAGGCCACGGCCGCUGCCUUCCUCAAUGCAUACCCUUUGUGCCCGGGGAACCAUGAAACCAGAGAUCAACGCCGCCGUGGGAUUUUUGUCGAGAUUUCUACGGGUGAAAGGACACGUAAACGAUCGGCAAGUCCAAACGUUCAGCCAGAGCCUACAGGACAUUUUGUCAGAACAAUACAAGCACCACUGGUUCCCGGACAAGCCCUGUAAAGGUUCAGGGUACCGCUGCAUUCGCAUCAACCACAAAAUGGACCCAUUGGUGGGGCAGGCCGGCCAGCGUAUCGGCCUGACCAUCCAGCAACUCUACCUGCUGCUACCUAGCGAGCUCACCCUCUGGGUGGACCCCUUCGAGGUGUCUUACCGCAUCGGCGAGGACGGCUCUAUCUGCGUCCUGUAUGAAUCGCAGCCUGUGCCGGCAGUCCUGCCAGGAACGGUGGUCGCCAGCUCACCCUCGGGGAAUGGUGGAUCAGGUAGCCCUAUGGUGGACAGUCACAUCAGCUGCAAAGAGGAACUGAUGGUGCUGGGCAGAGCCAGUCCCUCCAAAGCCUACAACAUGAUGACUGUGUCCAGUUAAAGGGUGCGCACUUUCGGCCGGGCCUACUUGUCGUUCAGGGUUACACCUUGGCCAGUCAAUAUGAAUUUGACUGGAUCAGGGAGAGCCUUUUUAAAAGCUAAGAUUAUGAAAUGAAAUAGUGAAAGAGGAAAAAAACAAAAGAAAAAUAGAGGAUGUGCCCUAUCAUCCAGGUGAUGGAAACCUUGUAGGUUUAAUAUAUCCCCCCACCACCAACACCCGUUCCCUCCAUUAUCAUCUGUUCUGUUGUGUCAUUGGACCAGCUGGGUACUCCAUUUUUAGAAGAGUGCUUAUGGAAAUGGAACUGUUGGGGCAGCUAAACCACCGGACCAGGACCCACACCCAAUCCCCCACUGUAAACAUGGUGAUCAGCUUCAUCCCAGAAGUGGCUGUCAGCAUUGACUUUGCACUUUUCUUACUUGUGGUAAAUAUGGGUACAUGAUAAACAAACCACAGCCAAAAAAAAGCCAAAUUGUAUGGAAUUUAUUCCCAGAAUAAUUAUCCCCCUUGAUAGUCAAAGUUUCCGGUUGUUUUGAUGAGGUGGAAGUUGAGAGUUUACCCCAUAAAGGUAAAUAAGCUCCUAACAGAACCAUCUGUUUUUUUUAAAAACCCUCUUUGGACCAGAGGGGAUUUUUACCUGCUUUCAACCAGAGCUAACGUCCUCCACUUCCCCCCCAGCAACUCAACCACCUCCUGGCCUAUAUGUAAGUGCAAGUGUUGGCGACACCUGUUACCUAUGGAUAACAGUGUGUCCGCUGCACUCCCAUCUACCAUGUCAUGUGUAGCUUUCCGGGGGAGGGAAGAGGACCUGUCAUUCCCCCCCUAAAUUUAAUGAAUGUUGUUGAAAUUCACAAUCAAGUUUCUGUGUUUGCCCCUUUUCCUUCACCUGAUUCGCCAAAUUUCAAAGUGUAGCAAAGGGGGAGGGGCCAAUUCUGCCCAAAUCGGUUAGAAAUGACAUUGAAUGCACUUUGACGUUAGAUUGUGGGAUGUGUUCUUUUUUUCUCAAAAAAAAAAAAAAAAAUCGCCUGCAUUCCAUCCAUUCGAAUGUCAUCUUUUCCACCAUUUUUUCCGCCCUCCUCAUCUGUUUCUGUCCAUACUGUACUAGCUCCUGGGUUGGAAUAGACGACUGUCUGUCCAUUGAGGAGAGCGAGACUCUGGAUUUCAAAAGCAUUUUUUACACUGUAUUUGUGAACAUUUCAGAGCUUUUGAUGGAAUAUGGAGGAUGUUUGUCGGUGUUAGGUGAAAAGCCGUGGUGUUCACGUGGCACUGUUCAUAAAACUGAUAGAGGUAGAUUCUUAAGAGUCUGGACUAGGUGACGUGGGGACGGCGCACCGACUGUCAGAUGUUCUUUUUUGACUUGAAUUUUUAAAGCAACACAAGGCCUUGUCAGCCUUUCAUUUAACUAACUUCAGUGAUCUCCAAGGGCCCUUACUUUUUAAACGGGAAGUCCUUUUAUAAGCUUUGGAGGUGCAUUUGCCUUACCUCUUAUCAUGAAUUAUGAGCCAUUCGUGAUUUCCAAGUGACCACCAAACAACCUGGUGGACUCGACUGCUCACAGGCACAGCCUGGCAGCUUCGCCCUACACCUCGCCCAACUCUGUGUGCCUCAAGUGCCACAUAUCACCCCCUUGCUCGCUGAGACCUCCCUUUUCAGCCAAAAAAGCAAAGCCAGCACUGCCCCAACUACCCUACUUGUGCAGGUAGACUUAAUGUGACACAUAUCACCAUCAAGCAAAUGGAAAAAGAAUGCCAGAGUUGUAGGGGUUCUGUUUUGUUAUCGCGGAGCGGGGCAGGGCCAGGGCCGGACGGACUCUUGUCCAGGGCAGCUAAAAUCCCCGUGGCCCUCCCCGCUCUGGACAUAUUCAGCAUCCCCAUCUGGAUGCUGUCCGCCCUCCACCAGCAGUGACGGAUAAUUAAAACAGCACACACACUCAAAUGUGGGAGCGGGUGGUAAGGGGGCUUGUGAAAACUCGGAGGGAAGAAAGGUGAAUAAUUGAGGGUACCGUAGCGUUAUUGUCUUGGUUUCAUCUCACUGGAUUGCGCUGCAUUUAAUUACUGAGUAGCAUCAUUGUUUACAUGCAUAUGAAAGGAUGUGAUGUCUGCAUCCAUACCUAGGUUCCGGAGCUGUAUCUGUCACAGCAGGCUGGGUGUUUUUAAGCUUCUCUAAGCCUGAGAGGAUCAUGGGUAAUCGAGCUAUAGCCUUUGACGCACUGCUCCCCUUAUUUCUGUCACUCUCUGCUGAUUUGCCUUUCAGCACUGUUCGUGGCGGGGGGGAAAGCACCAUUCGAUGUUGUUGUCCAGAAGUGGAGCUGGUUUAGUUUCCACCACCGGGCUCUUCCUAUAUAUGUCACACGUUAUGCUACGUAGUUGUAUUUGAUGGUCACACUGGUAGAUUUAUCCCCCAAUAUUUGUUAAAAAAAAGUAAUGUUUUUGCAGUUUGAAAACUCAAAAUUUGAGAAAACAACCAAAUCCCCUUUGACACCUUCUCAACCGUUACCACCACCAACUAAAAAUGGCUUACGUCCUCGGUAGGAGUAACAAUUUCAAUGGCAUCCAUUCAGCUCGUGCGUACAUAGCUUACAGAAUUGUUGUUGAGUGCUUUGAAUAAAAACAAUAAAUAAAGUCGGAGGUAAAAUAGCACAUUAAAUGCACUAAAAUGUCAAAAUGUUUUCUUCUGAAGACACGAGGAGUCUCUCCUAGAAUGUAUUGCCAAACUCAGGCCUGGGACAUUCAACAAAAGACUCUUAUGAAAAACUUGUUAAGCAUGUUAAGACGUGAUACGGAAAGGGAACAGUUGUUUGUUUUGUUGUUGUUUUUUGAUGAGGGGUGUUGUUGUCAUUAUUGUCAUCAACUAGUUGAAUUAUUGCCACUUUCACACUUUUACAUAUUGUAGAAUGUAUUGUAACUGUACAAGCGAUGGUAGAGUGCAUAACAUUACACAUGGAAAGUGCCAAUAAUUAAGGUGGGAUUUUUUUCUCGAUAUGUUCCUUUUUGUAAGACAUCUUUUAACAUGUAUAACACUUCUUGUAAGUGAAGCCAUUUUUGAAGAAAGUGUUGGCAAGGACCAAAGUUGUUUUGGUUUAAAAAAAAAAAACAUAGUUUCCACAAUCUGUAAUCAUAGACGUAUCCUUUAUUUUGUUUAUUUUCUUUUUUUUUUCUUUUUCUAUUUACAUACAAAAGCAGAAAAUAGACAAAAAAAAUUUGAGCUUACCCAAGAAGAAAAAGCUUGUGAUCUCGUCAUCUUUACCGUGUUAUGUUUUUUUUUUUUUUCUUUCCUUGGGUAUAUUGCUAUGAACUGCUGUAAAUUUGUACAGUUCAUGUAAAUUGAUUGUGCGGAAGUUGUACAGAUUUCUAUAUUUUGGAAGAAAAAGUUUUUUUCUCUGUAAUAAAAGAUUUCCUAUCUUGGCAUCAUA